AUGACUACUUCAGCGGCUCAUUUAGAGCUAGUUACUGAGUACACAACAGAAGCGUUUCUCGCUACAUAUAAAAGAUUUACAUCAAGACGAGGAAUUCCAGCACACUUAUAUUCAGACUGUGGUACCAAUUUUAUUGGAGCAGAUCGAGAAUUAAAAAUUUUAUUUACUCAGCACACUAAAGAAAAUCAAGUCUUAGAAAACAAGAUCUUAGAAAACACAACACGAUGGCAUUUUAAUCCACCAGGUGCACCACAUAUGGGUGGUAAAUGGGAAGCACUCAUUAAGUCCACAAAGUAUCACUUAAAACGUACUAUUGGUGAAUCAAAAAUGACAUAUGAAGAGGCAUCAACUUUGCUAACUCAAAUUGAAGCCAUACUAAAUUCAAGACCACUAGAACCACUUAGUGAUGAUCCUGAUGAUCUUCAAACUCUGACACCAGGACAUUUUUUAACUGGUACAUCAUUGAUGGCAGUACCAGAACCUUGUUUACUUGAUUUGUCUACAUCUAGGUUAUCAAGGUGGCAAUUUAUACAACAAAUAACACAACAAUUCUGGUCACAAUGGUCAAGUCAAUACUUGCAAAGGCAACAGUCCAUUUCCAAAUGGCACCAUGUAAAUAAUAAGAUCCAAGUUGGAUCAUUAAUUCUGAUUUCAGAUGAACGAGCACCACCAUGUAGAUGGCCACUUGGUAGAGUUACUAAGUUGUUACCAGGAACGGACGGAGAGUACACAACUGAUUGUCCUGCUAUUCAUCAACUCAUAGCAAGUCAGGAUGGAAAACAUUUGAAAUUUAAUCUCAAAUACUGGGAAUGGGAACAUAACCAUGAGGAAACGUAUGAUGAACUACAGAUAAAGUACAAUGUAGCUAGUCGUAAAAGGAAAACCUCGGAUCAGGGAAAUGUUCCCAUUCCUCGUAAAAAACCCAAGUCAAUGUGUCACGCAUCAACGCAAACUGAUGAUGUUUUGACUACUACAUCAACGCAAACUGAUGAUGUUUUCAUUACUCCAAUAAUUCCUGGAAAAAAAAAAGAUGAAGAAGAAAAAGAAGGACCGGUUAAACAUCCAGAAAAAGAAAAAGAAAGGUUAUUUGAAAAAAGCCCUAAAAGUACAUAUAAAAGAGGUAUGUAUAUUGAGGGUCUUUUUUAA